CUGGCCGGAGUUCGGGCAGAACGGCAAGGAGACCGUUACCAUCCGGCACCUGCUGAGCCAUCAGGGCGGCUUCCCGGAGACGCCGCCGACCUGCCCUGGACCGACUGGCACGACUGGAGUCUGGUCUGCGCCGCCCUGGAGCGGGCCACGCCCAAGUUCACGCCGGGCUCGACUCUGUCCUAUCACCCGAUCAACUACGGUUGGGUGAUUGCCGAGUUGGUGCGGCGCAUUGACGGCCCGACCUUCGACCGGUUCAUCGCCGAGGACCUGGCGCGGCCGCUGCAGAUGGAGGACACCUACGUCGGCCUGCCCGCUGAGCUGGAGGGUCGAGUGUCCCGGAUCCACCUGAUGGAGCAGGAGGCCGACGCCAACGGCUACGCGGUCACCUUCGACCGUCCUGAGGUGCAUCAGGUCAUUUGUCCGGGCGCCAACGGCAUCGCCUCGGCGACCUGGCCCGGUUCUACGCGGCCAUGGAGCGCAAGGGUACGCUGGACGGGGCCAAGGUGCUGCGGCCCGAGACCGUCGCGAGGGCAUCACGAUGCAGGCCGAGGGCAUCGACCGGUCGCUGGAGCAGUUCGCGCAGCGCGCGCUGGGCUUCGCUUUGAACGACGAGCGGAUGGGCAAGCCCACGGGCGACCCGAUGCACACCUUCGGGCACGGCGGGGCGGCACUUCGAUCGGUUGGGCCGACCUGGACACCGGGCUGGCCGUGGGAUACAUCACCAACGGCUUCCGGGGCGCCGACAAGAACAACGCCCGGCUGGCCGAGGUGUCGCAGGCGGUGCGGGACGCCUGCGCGUAG